AUGACGGUUGUCACUUUACCAGGACCUCAAGCUCUGAGUCCCUUUAGAGUGGAAAACUUGAUCAAGGGCAUCGAAUCGUACUGCAAUAGCUCAUCCGUUAUUUCGGAGGUGCGCUCAUGUUACGUUCACUAUGUGGAUGUGGAGGGCAAAGAGCCGUUAUCUGAGGAAGGAACCAAGUUGCUGGAAGUUCUUUUGACCUACGACACCGCCUUAGACGACGAAGACGUUUACGCUCGUGAACUGAAAACUGCUGUGAAAGACGAUUCCAUAGAGUUGGGAUCAGACACCUAUAUUAUCAGAAUUCUGCCAAGACCAGGAACGAUUUCACCAUGGUCGUCGAAAGCCACCAACAUCGCCCGCGUGUGUGGACUACAUGUUAACGUGGGUCGUGUUGAGCGCGGUGCGGCUCUGCUCAUCAAGACAGUUCCUGGAUUCCCACUUCUGGAAAACUUGAAUGACGUCUCUUUGAAGUCGUGCUACGACAGAAUGACUCAAAGGCUUUACGUGGGUGAAUCACCCAAACUCGAAGAUAUUUUUUCGCAUCAAACUCCUAAACCCUUGGCUCACGUCCCACUGGCUUCUGAGAAAUCGGCUUCUCCAAGAACAACUCUCGAGAAAGCUAACCAAGAUCUCGGUCUUGCCCUGGACAAGGGCGAAAUCGACUACCUUAUUCAUGCCUUUGUGGAGACGCUGCAUAGAGAUCCUUCCGAUGUGGAGUUAUUCAUGUUUGCGCAAGUCAAUUCCGAGCAUUGUCGCCACAAAAUAUUCAAUGCCGAAUGGACCAUCGAUGGUCUAAAGAAGGAACUGUCACUUUUCAAAAUGAUUCGAAACACACAUGCUAGCACACCCGAAUUCACCAUCAGUGCCUACUCUGACAAUUCCGCCGUUCUAGAAACUGGUAACGAAGCCUACUACUACGCACCUGAUUUUAAAUCAAAAGAGUGGAAAGCUACAAAGGAAAACGUUCCUAUGCUGGUUAAAGUGGAAACCCACAAUCAUCCAACUGCUGUAUCGCCUUUUUCUGGUGCCGCUACUGGGUCUGGUGGCGAGAUUAGAGACGAAGGUGCCACCGGAAGAGGUUCUAAGUCCAAAUGUGGCUUGAGCGGUUUCGCAGUUAGUGAUCUAUUGAUCCCUGGCCACAAACAGCCCUGGGAGCUAGAUGUUGGAAAGCCUAACCACAUUGCGUCUUCUCUAGACAUUAUGAUCGAAGCUCCAUUGGGUUCCGCAGCCUUCAAUAACGAAUUUGGUAGACCCUGUAUCAAUGGUUACUUCAGAACCCUUACCACCAAGGUCACAAAUUCUGACAACAAAGAGGAGAUAAGAGGUUUCCAUAAGCCCGUUAUGCUCGCAGGUGGUUUGGGUGCUGUAAGGCCCCAGUUUGCUCUGAAAAACAAGCCUAUUACCCCUGGUUCGUGUCUCAUUGUUUUGGGUGGUGAGUCUAUGCUUAUCGGUCUUGGCGGUGGUGCUGCAUCUUCUAUUAAUGCCGGGGAAGGCUCCGCUGACUUGGAUUUUGCCUCUGUGCAGAGAGGAAAUCCAGAAAUGGAACGUCGUUGUCAGCAAGUGAUUGAUGCUUGUAUUUCGUUGAAUGCCGGAAACCCUAUCCAGUCCAUCCAUGAUGUUGGCGCUGGUGGCCUGUCUAACGCUUUACCAGAACUCGUUCACGAUAAUAAUCUUGGUGCCAAGUUCGACAUCAGAAAGGUCUUGUCCUUGGAACCCGGUAUGUCGCCUGUUGAGAUCUGGUGUAACGAAUCUCAGGAACGUUAUGUUCUUGGCGUCUCCCAGCAGAAUUUGACUUUAUUCGAAGACAUCUGUAAGAGGGAGAGGGCACCUUAUGCUGUUGUAGGACACGCAACCGCAGAACAAAGACUUAUCGUAGAGGACUCGGCUUUGAAGGCGACGCCAAUUGACCUGGAGAUGUCCGUUCUGUUCGGUAAACCUCCUAAGAUGACAAGAGAAGCUGUGACCCACCCACUAAUUCUUCCUCAAGCUGAUCUUAGCGCCAUUCCCUCUCUUGAAGAUGCUAUCGACAGAGUUCUGAGCUUGCCAUCAGUCGGGUCUAAAUCAUUCUUGAUCACUAUUGGUGAUAGGACAGUUACUGGGCUUGUUGAUAGAGACCAGUUUGUUGGUCCAUGGCAAGUGCCUGUCGCAGACGUCGGUGUAACCGGAACUGCUUUAGGCGACAGCAUCUGCCGUACCGGAGAGGCCCUUGCAAUGGGAGAAAGACCAGUCAAUGCUUUAAUUUCAGCAGGCGCAUCUGCAAAGCUAUCUGUGGCUGAGUCACUUCUCAACUUGCUAGCUGCUGAUGUGAAGUCCUUGAAGCACAUCAAACUUUCUGCCAACUGGAUGUCACCAGCUUCCCAUCAAGGCGAAGGUGCCAAGCUCUACGAAGCCGUCCAAGCCAUUGGUAUUGAUUUGUGUCCUGAUUUGGAUAUCGCCAUCCCUGUUGGUAAGGACUCCAUGUCCAUGAAAAUGAAGUGGGGCGAAAAAGAGGUAACUGCUCCUCUCACUUUAAAUAUUACAGCUUUCGGACCCGUUGAAAACACUUCAAACACUUGGACACCAGUUCUGAAGAGAGAAGAAGGUACCGUUUUGGUUCUUGUAGACUUGGCUGCUGGUCUAACCGAACAUUCUCUAGGUGGUUCUGCUUUGCUCCAGGUUUACAAUCAGGUUGGUAACAAUUCGCCUACUGUGCAUAACAACAAGAUAUUCAAGGGCUUAUUAGAAGCGUUGCUUGAUCUGCACCAAACCGAUUUGGUCUUAUCUUAUCACGAUAGAUCCGAUGGUGGGCUGUUUGUAACCUUGGCUGAAAUGGCAUUUGCUUCCAGAUGUGGUCUCGACAUCAUUUUGGAUCAAACAUCUGAUGUUUACACUCCACUCUUCAACGAAGAAGUUGGUUGCGUCUUCCAGAUCUCUGAGGAUAGAGUUACCGACUUUGAGGAAAUUCUUGCCAAGCGUGGAGUCUCGUCUCAGUUCAUAUCGAUCGUGGGUAGACCUAAGUUCGGAUCGCAGAAAAUUAUGGUUUCCGACAAAUCUGGUCUAGUAAAAUUCGAAAGUGAAAGGUCUUUGUUGCAAAAAACAUGGACAGCAACUUCAUAUCAGAUCCAAAAAAUGAGAGAUAAUCCAAUUACUGCUGAUCAGGAAUUCUCCAGCAUUGCUGACGAUAAAGACCCUGGUUUGCAUUAUUCUUUAACGUAUGAUCCUGUUGAUGACUUGGGCGUUAGCCACCUGGCUGCUUCCAAGCCAAAGGUUGCGAUCUUAAGAGAGCAAGGUGUCAACGGACAGAUGGAAAUGGCCUGGUGUUUCCAGCAAGCUGGUUUCACUGCUGUAGACGUUACCAUGACGGACUUGAUAGAGGAGAGAUUCCAUUUAGACGACUUUGUUGGUUUUGCAGCCUGUGGUGGGUUCUCCUAUGGUGACGUGCUCGGUGCCGGUGCUGGCUGGGCCAAGUCUGUGUUAUACCACGAAGGCCUGCGCAAGCAAUUUGUCAAAUUCUUCAGCGAAAGAGACGACACCUUCGCUUUUGGCGCUUGUAACGGUUGCCAAUUUUUGAGUAGACUGAAAGAUAUCAUUCCGGGAUGUGAAAACUGGCCAAGUUUCGAAAGGAAUGCAAGUGAGCAAUAUGAGGCUCGUGUUGCAAUGGUCGAAAUUACUCAGGACGACGGUUGUAAUUCUGACAGCAUCUUUUUCAGUGGCAUGGUCGGAUCUAAACUUCCAAUUGCUGUUGCACAUGGUGAGGGUAGAGCUGCAUUCAAGAAUGAACAAGAGAUGGAGAAAUUCGAAGAACAGGGUCUAUCAAGCAUUAGGUAUGUGGACAACUAUGGUAAUGUUACCAAAAAUUACCCAUUCAACCCUAACGGUGCCACCCAAAGUAUUGCUGGUGUAAGGUCUCCCAAUGGAAGAGUUCUUGCCAUGAUGCCUCACCCUGAGCGUGUUUGCAGACUGGAAGCUAAUUCAUGGUAUCCCUCAGAAAAAUACGAUGAAUGGCAAGGAUAUGGGCCUUGGAUAAGAAUGUUCAGAUCGGUAAGAAAGUGGGUCGGAUAA